AUGGCGAUAGAUAAGAGAUUGUUUGAGGAAAGGAGUGAAGAGCUUGGUCUUGGAGUCCUCAGAGUGUUGAGGACCACAGGCUUCACAUUCGCCACAUGGACCGAUGCGUUAGGGGUAGGUGACUCUCUCCGGCAGCAUCAUCACAUUAUUAGCCACUCUCUCAAAUCAUGUCUGGAUAGACGACAUAUGGUACAAGCUGAAAGUGAUCAAGGCACCAAUAAUGUGAGUGUGGGUGGUUUUGAUCUUGGAUUGGGGAGUGUGAAGUUCACUUGGCACGAUCAGGUACUCCUCAAAGAUCAUCGAAUCAAGGAGGAUGGCUACUAUAUGCUUUUGCAUUUAGCAGAUGGGCAGACGCUCAAAACGCAGGUGUUGAUAGGGUGUGAUGGAGUAAAUUCAGUGGUAGCAAAAUGGUUGGGACUGAAGAAACCAUCCUUAUCUGGGCGUUCUGCUUCUAGAGGUUUUGCUGAGUUUCCAAAUGGCCAUGGUUUCAAGCCACUGAUUUCAGAGUACUUCGGAGGAGGUUCAGAUGAGGCUUGGAACAAUGCAGCGAGAGAGGCUUUUGCUGGUUUUUCACAUGGACUUCCUCCGCUAAAGUUGCUUUGGGGGAAUAUUAGGAAGGGAAAUGCUUGUGUCGCUAGAGACGCACUUCAUCCUAUGAUUCCUGAUCUAGGCCAAGGAAGUUGUGCAACACUUGAAGAUGGCGUUGUUUUGUUUAGGUGCUUGGUUUAA